UCCUAUAAUCUUAAAUUUGGAGAAGUGGGAUAGGAAAAGUAAGGAUCCUGAGAGGAUAUUGGAAUUUAUAGACUGAAGGGAACUAAGAGAUUACCCACACCGAGACUAAGUCAGAAGUUUUAAAUGAUUUCAAAGGAAAGUUUUCUGCUUUAUGGUAGAGGUACAAAAAAGCCCAAGCCAACCUUCUGUUGCCGGGAGAGCAGUCAAUAGGUAAGGCCCUCGCACAGAUAGUAUUACCUUCCUUAAAGCUCCGCCCAUUUUCUCCAAAGCUCUUCUCAUUAUUUUUUAACAAAUUGUCUUUGCGAAAACCUGGAGAAAUAGGUACUACGGACCUGGAUUUUCUUGAGAGAAAGUUUGGUUGGGAUUGUUUAGAUAAAGUUAGGGAUUAAUUAUAAAUAGAAGAGACAAGAUAAACUUACGUAGUAGCCCACCCUUCCCGUAGUUUAAUUUUUCUUUUCAUUGUUGAAAAUUCAAUUUAUGGACAUAAUCCUGGCCACUGACUUCUGCCCUGUACAGCUGGGGAAGUUUUAUAUUGUUUGUUUUAUUUUCAAAAUCUGGGGAAUCUGCACGGAAGAGAAUAGUUUCAAAUUUCUUUUGAGGCUUUCCAUUGGAACUCAUAUUUUAACAGAUUCAUCUCAAGUAUUUCCAGCUGGCAGAAUGUUGCAAUACAUGGGUCACAGUAUCCGUUUAUUUUCACUUAACUGUUUUGUUACAGAGUAAGAUUCACUUCCAUUGUGGAGGAACCCAGAGGCUGAAUGCAGGAGAGAUGCUACGAAAACAAAAGGUGUCAAUAUUAUCAAGGAACAAUAAAAUGGAUUUGGAAAGUUACAAAUUUUUUAAAGUUAAAAAUAAAAAACAAACAAACAAACAAAAAAAAAACCUGUUUCUUCCUCCUUGGAUCCAGCUCAGCUUUUCUCACCAACUUCAGGAUCCAGUCUGCCACGCUCCCGGUCCUCCCUCCAAUCUCCAAACAAAACAAAACCACCCAACUUUAGGAAUUUGUCAGUCUCUCAGGUCCUACAAAGUGAAAGCUCGGACAAGAGGUUUCGCUACUCCGACAUCAGUGAAGGCCUGACGGAACUAGGGCAACUGAUCUAACAAUUAACUAUCUCAUCCUCUCCCCACUUCCCCAGCCUCCGGACUUUGACUUUGGGACGCGGGGCAGGGAUGAAGCCCUCUUGGCUGCAGUGUCGGAAGGUCACGGGCGCUGGGGGUCUCGGGGCUCCCCUGCAGGGCUCGGCUGCGGCUCGGGGAGCAGCACCCACGCGCCGCACUUACCUGGCCCCCGCGCCACAAGGCAGUCGCGGCGUAGGGGCCGGCCGCCGCUCCCUGUCGUCCGGCAGCGGCACCAGCGGCGGUGUCAGUGAGUAUAAGACGCACUUUGCGGCCUCGGUGUCUGACCCCGAGAGGUUCUGGGGGAAAGCCGCGGAGCAGAUCAGCUGGUACAAGCCCUGGACCAAAACGCUGGAGAACAGCCACCCACCAGCCACAAGUUGGUUUGUGGAAGGAAUGCUUAAUAUUUGUUACAAUGCUAUAGACCGCCAUAUUGAAAAUGGACAAGGAGACAAGAUUGCUAUCAUCUAUGAUAGCCCUGUAACAAACACAAAAGCCACUAUUACCUAUAAAGAAGUUUUGGAACAGGUCUCCAAGCUGGCUGGUGUCUUAGUGAAACAUGGUGUGCAAAAGGGGGAUACUGUUGUGAUCUAUAUGCCUAUGAUACCCCAGGCAAUGUACACCAUGCUGGCUUGUGCCAGGAUAGGAGCUGUUCAUAGUCUCAUCUUUGGGGGCUUUGCCUCUAAGGAGCUCAGCACCCGUAUUGAUCAUGCAAAGCCCAAAGUGGUUGUAACAGCAUCCUUUGGAAUAGAGCCUGGGAGGAGAGUAGAAUAUAUACCACUUUUAGAAGAAGCCCUGAGGGUAGGAGAACACAAGCCUGGCAGAGUUCUCAUUUAUAAUCGACCUAAUAUGGAAACUGUUCCUCUGGAUCCAGAUCGUGAUCUCGAUUGGGAUGAAGAGAUGGCAAAAGCCCAAUCCCAUGAUUGUGUCCCUGUUCUCUCGGAACAUCCACUUUAUAUUCUCUACACAUCAGGAACAACUGGGUUACCUAAGGGUGUGGUCAGGCCUACUGGAGGAUAUGCAGUAAUGCUGAACUGGACCAUGUCUUCUAUAUAUGGACUGAAACCAGGAGAGGUUUGGUGGGCAGCUUCUGACCUAGGAUGGGUCGUUGGGCAUUCCUAUAUUUGUUAUGGACCACUUUUGCAUGGGAAUACAACUGUUUUGUAUGAGGGAAAGCCUGUGGGAACACCAGAUGCUGGGGCUUACUUCCGCGUGCUCUCUGAGCAUGGAGUGGCGGCCUUGUUUACAGCACCGACUGCAAUUAGAGCCAUCCGUCAACAGGACCCUGGGGCAGCCCUAGGGAAGCAGUACUCUUUGACAAGGUUCAAAACUCUAUUUGUGGCUGGUGAACACUGUGAUGUGGAGACAUUGGAGUGGUCUAAAAAUGUUUUCAGAGUACCUGUCUUGGAUCACUGGUGGCAAACAGAGACUGGAUCACCAAUUACAGCUUCAUGUAUUGGUUUAGGAAAUUCAAAAACACCUCCUCCAGGACAAGCAGGAAAAUCUGUGCCAGGAUACAAUGUAAUGAUUUUGGAUGACAACAUGCAAAAACUGAAGGCCCGUACCUUGGGAAAUAUUGUGGUAAAGUUGCCUUUGCCUCCUGGAUCAUUUUCGGGACUCUGGAAAAACCAGGAAGCCUUCAAGCAUUUGUAUUUUGAAAAGUUUCCAGGUUAUUAUGACACCAUGGAUGCUGGUUACAUGGAUGAAGAUGGCUAUUUGUAUGUUAUGUCUAGAGUUGAUGAUGUAAUCAAUGUAGCAGGUCACAGGAUUUCAGCGGGUGCCAUUGAAGAGUCGGUCCUUUCCCAUGGUACCGUAGCAGACUGUGCUGUCGUUGGCAAAGAGGAUCCUUUAAAAGGUCACGUUCCGUUAGCACUUUGUGUACUGAGGAAAGACAUAAAUACUACAGAGGAGAAAGUUUUGGAAGAAAUUGUGAAACAUGUGAGACACAGCAUUGGUCCAGUGGCAGCUUUCCGGCACGCCGUGUUUGUUAAGCAGUUACCCAAGACUCGUUCGGGCAAGAUACCCCGGUCAACUCUGUCUGCUCUUGUCAAUGGAAAGCCUUACAAGAUAACUCCCACAAUUGAGGAUCCUGGUGUCUUUAGCCAUAUAGAAGAAGUACUGAAACGGACAUCAUGACCUUUUUUCCUUUUGUAAAAACUUGCAUAACAGUGGAGAAAAAAUGUUAUGUUGUUCUUCAGAUAUAGCUGGAUAAUUGGCAGGUCUCAGUAGUUAUUAAGAAAUAGAAGUUAAUUAUGUAGUAUAAUGAAAGGUCCUUAAUUGACUGUGCCUAUGGUUACUGUUAUUUGUUACAAGUCUUAGAUUUUUAUUCAUCAUUUAGGCUUUUUUAAUGUUUUGUUUCACAUAAUUAUGCUAAAUUCUAAGAUGGGCCUAAGGAAACCAUAGUGUCAGAGCUACAAGGGAUGUCAAAGAUUAUUUUACCUUUACUUUUACCUCUCCCUUCUCCAAUUCUACAGAUGAAAAAAACUGAAGCCAAAUGAAACUUUGGCCCUUCUUUCUGCCUUAUGUUCAAAUUUAAUUGCCACUGCUCCUAAGAAACUAGAUUUGUUAGGAGUUUGGCAUAGGAAUAGAAGUAGGUGACAAAUUAACUUUAGAAAGAGUAAGACAAUCUAGAUGGCAUGGGAAGGGAAAAAAUGAUUAGGUUAGAAUUUAAAGGAUAUUGUAAGAAUAUUAUCCUAGAUUUAAUGCAUUUACUCAUUUUAUUGAUGAGGAAAACUGAGGCCACAAAAGAUAGGUGACCUUUCCAAUGUCCCACUGGUAGGAGUGUCAGAUGUGGGACUUGUAAAUUAAUAUUUGGGCUGAAGAACCAGUGUUCUUUCCACUGUACCAUGGUGCUUCCAAUUAUGCUAAAAAUAAAAUGGACCAAAUGAGAUUUUAUUAAUAAUUCCAUUCACACCAAAUGGGUACCCAUGGAAAAUUCUGAUGAACCUAAUUAUCUGAUAAACCCAAUUUUCAACAAAUUAGAAUGCAAUGAGAUAUACUUGCUCCCUGUAAGGUAUGUGUAGUAAAAUGUAUUGGAUAUAAUUUCAUCUUAGAUGAUUCACAAGGUAUUUCAGGACCUUUUAGUGCCUCUGGGUAAAAAAAAUAAAUAAAUAAUCACCACUGUAUAGGGCUGUAAUUUUACUAAAAAACAAACAAACAAAAAAACAAUAGGGAUUUAGAUUCCUAAUGCUUUGGAAUUUACUAUUUGAAUAAACAUGUCAACUUA